UCUAUAUACCUCUCUCUGUUCGAAACCGAAGCUUCAGCGCCAUCACAGCCACCAUUAAAUCUCUUCACAUUUAUUAUUGUAUUUGUAUACCCACACCCACAUAUCUGUUCAAAAUAAAUAAAACCCAUCAUUAUUCCCUUUAUGAGCCAAGACCUUGUUUGGGUUUUUGGAUGAUUGGGUUUGAUAAAUGGGUUCAAAGAAGAAGAAGAAAGGAGGGGGAAGGCGGAGUAAAGGAAGGGCUUCAUUGAAAGACCAUACUUCCCACGAUGAAGAUGAUAAUGAGCUUCUCUCUGAAGAGAUCACUGCUCUGGGUGCAAUAUUUCAGGACGACUGCAAAGUUGACUCAGGGCCACCUCCGCAAAUCAUCAUUAAGCUCAGGCCUUAUUCGAAGGAUAUGGGUUAUGAGGACCUUGAUAUAUCUGCUCUUCUCUUAGUUAGGUGCUUGCCAGGAUAUCCAUACAAGUGCCCAAAGUUGCAGAUCAGUCCAGAGAAAGGCCUUACAAAAAGCCAGGCUGAUAGCCUUUUGUCUCUACUUAAUGAUCAGGCAAUUGCUAAUGCUCGAGAAGGACGAGUGAUGAUUUUUAAUUUGGUGGAAGCUGCUCAAGAGUUCCUGUCCGAAAUUGUUCCACCGGGUCAAUCACAUGAAUCUGCUUUAUGUUCAACCACAAGUAGCAGUGGCCAGUUGCUUCAGAAGGAUGUUGCUAACAAGAGUUCCCCUUCUAGGGUGGCUUUUGUCUAUGGUUUUAUAGAUCUUUUCAGUGGAUUUGGAGAGUCAUGGAAUUGGCCUAUGGACAUGGACAAAAACAUAGGUAUAAUUUCUGCUGUACAGUCGCUUGAAUCAGAUGGUCCAAACAUCGGGUACGAUGUUCAACAAAAGAAACUCAAGAAGAAUCCUAAGCUGUUGGGAAUGGAAGAAAAAAGGGAAGUUCUGUCACCUUUACCUGUUGCAAAAUUGAAUAACAUUAAGGAAGACAGUGAAGAUGACAGUAAAAGCACAUCUACUGCUCAUUCAAGCAAUUUUUCGGCGGACAUGGUCCGAAAUGGCGAGGAGGAGAUUGUUCAUGAGGAAGAGGAAGAGGAGGAUCUGGAUUUGGAUCUUGAAAGUGAGCCUUGGCAGUCGGUGUCUUCUGGAUCUAUAGGUUAUAAUCAAGCAUCAGAAACCACUGAAAAAGAUCUAAUGAUGGUUCAUCUGCUUCGCCUUGCUUGUGCCUCUAAAGGACCGUUAACUGAUGCACUGCCGCAGAUUGUAACAGAGCUGUAUAACUUAGGUAUGUUUUCAGAAUGGGUGAAGGAUUUAGCUCUUAAACGAUCUUUGAUGUUCAAUAAUACCUUUGAUCAUGCUUUCCAUCAGCAUAUGGUUUCAUCCAAAGUUUCUGAAUUUUGGAAACCUGCUUCUGAUUUGAGUGGGCCUAGUGCAUCUCUCCCAAGCUCUCGCUAUUUGAGUGACUUUGAGGAGCUACAGUCCCUUGGCCAUGGUGGUUUUGGGCAUGUCUUGUUGUGCAAAAACAAGCUAGACGGGAGACAGUAUGCGGUAAAGAAAAUUCUCCUUAAGGACAAAAACCUGCCUCUUAAUGAUAGAAUAUUGAGGGAGGUAGCUACACUUUCUCGUUUACAGCAUCAACAUGUUGUUCGCUACUAUCAGGCUUGGUUCGAAACAGGAGUUGAUAAUUCUUUUGGUGAUAGCACAUGGGGUUCAGGGACUGCAACAAGCUCCACAUUCGGUAAGGGUGCGGGCUUGACUGAUGUCCCUGGACAGGAGAACAAACUUGAAUCAACGUAUCUAUAUAUUCAAAUGGAAUAUUGCCCCAGGACUCUUCGGCAAGUCUUUGAAUCUUAUAACCAUUUUGACAAAGAAUUAGCAUGGCACCUGUUUCGCCAAGUUGUGGAAGGCUUGGCACAUAUACACGGACAAGGAAUCAUCCAUCGAGACUUAACUCCAAACAAUAUCUUUUUUGAUGCUCGCAAUGACAUUAAAAUUGGAGAUUUUGGUCUAGCGAAAUUCUUGAGGUUAGACCAGGUGGACCAGGAUGUUAGCUUCCCAACAGAUAUACUUGGAUCUUCUGUUGAUGGUACUGGUCAAGUUGGUACCUACUUUUACACUGCACCUGAAAUCGAGCAGGGCUGGCCAAAGAUUGAUGAGAAGGUUGAUAUGUACAGCUUAGGAGUUGUUUUCUUUGAGCUUUGGCACCCUUUUGGGACAGCUAUGGAGAGACAUAUUGUUUUAUCUGAUGUGAAAUUGAAAGGAGAACUUCCUUCUGCAUGGAUAGCUGAAUUUCCAGAACAGGCGUCCUUGUUAAGAUGCUUAAUGUCACAAAGCCCUUCUGAUCGCCCAUCUGCCAUGGAACUUUUGCAAAAUGCUUUUCCUCCACGAAUGGAAUAUGAGCUGUUGGAUAAUAUUCUCCGCACAAUGCAGACUUCAGAGGACACAAGUGUGUAUGACAAAGUUGUGAAUGCUAUUUUUGAUGAAAAAACGUUAGCAACAAAAAGCCAUCACCAGAAUACUGGUAGAUUGGGAAUGGUUCACCAUGAUACUACUUCCAUCCAGUUCGCAGAUUUAGACACCGAACUUCGUGAUUUUGUUGCUGAGGUCUCCAGGGAAGUGUUCAAGAAGCAUUGUGCUAAGCAUCUCGAAAUAGUGCCUAUGCAUCUGCUAGAUGAUUGUACACAAUUCUCAAGGAAUACUGUCAAACUUCUGACUCACGGAGGGGAUAUGCUUGAACUUUGUCAUGAGCUGCGCCUACCUUUUGUUAAAUGGAUAGUAGUAAACCAGAAAUUUUCGUUUAAACGAUAUGAGAUAUCAUAUGUUUAUAGAAGAGCGAUUGGUCAUUCACCUCCAAAUCGUUAUCUUCAGGGUGAUUUUGACAUUAUUGGAGGUGCAUCAGCUUUGACAGAGGCAGAGGUUCUCAAGGUGACAGUGAACAUUGUUUCUCAAUUUUUUAACUCAGAGUUGUGUGAUAUUCAUCUUAAUCACGGGAAUCUGCUCGAGGCUAUCUGGAUUUGGGCAGGAGUCAAUGCAGAGCACCGACAGAAAGUGGCUGAGCUCCUCUCAAUGAUGGCUUGUUUGCGUCCACAAUCAUCUGAACGGAAGUUAAAGUGGGUUGUUAUAAGGCGUCAGCUUUUGCAGGAACUCAAUUUAGCAGAAGCUACUGUAAAUAGGUUGCAGACUGUUAGUUUAAGAUUCUGUGGAGCUGUAGACCAGGCCCUCCCUCGAUUGAGGGGAGCAUUGCCUGCAGAUAAACCUACCCGCAAAGCUCUUGAUGAGUUGUCAGACCUCUUUAGUUACUUGAGGAUAUGGAGGAUCGAAAGACAUGUUUAUAUAGACCCAUUGAUGCCACCAACUGAGAAUUAUCAUAGAGAUUUGUUUUUUCAGAUAUACUUGGGAAAGGAGAGCCAUCCUGGAGCACUUACUGAAGGUUCAUUGCUUGCUGUUGGUGGUCGAUAUGAUUAUAUACUUCAUCAAAUGUGGGAUUGUGAAAAUAAAACAAAUCCUCCAGGUGCUGUUGGAACCAGCCUUGCACUUGAGACUAUAAUCCAGCAUUCUCCUGAAGAUUUCAAGCCUAUUAGAAAUGAACCUACCACCAGCAUCCUUGUUUGUUCAAGAGGAGGUGGGGGUCUGUUAAGGGAACGCAUGGAACUUGUUGCUGAAUUGUGGGAGGAGAAUAUCAAGGCUGAACUUGUUCCUGUACCUGAUCCGAGCCUCACUGAACAAUACGAAUUUGCAAGUGAACAUGAGAUAAAAUGUCUUGUUAUCAUAACCGAAAUGGGUGUAUCUCAAACUGGCUUUGUUAAGGUUCGUCAUCUUGAUCUUAAGAAGGGGAAGGAGGUUCAGAGAGAAGAUCUUGUAAGAUUUCUGUUGAAUGCAAUGGGGACACAAUUCCGUAACCCUUCAGUUUGGAGCCAGUAACGUCUACAUCAAUUAUGAGGUUCUUAGUAGCUUAUGCUCCCUUCGAACAAUAGGUGUAUGAGUCAGAAUUCUUCUUUGUUGUCUCCUCUGGUGCCCGAUGAUGCAAACUGUGAAGAGUCUUUUGCAUGAAUCUGUCACAAAGUUUUUGCAGCUUUAAUUUUGUUCGAAUUACAUUACAUGUUACGUAAAUUUAUCCGAAACCAGUGUAAAUGCACAACACUCCCGGGUCUAUGUAUCAAACAGAAUACAAAAAAGAAGAAAAAAAAGUCAUCGGUGAUACAGCAAUCAACACAAACAUCAUAGUUUUUGGUUUGGCCAAGACUUCGAGCUAUG